UCCUCUCUCUUUUCUUUCAUCUUCCUCAACAUCCCCCAAAUCACACACCCAUAUAUAUAUAUAUAUAUAUAUAUAUGCUUGUACAACAUCAUCAAUAAUAAUAAUAAUAAUACCAUCUUUUUAAGUACAAAAUACACCAUAUAUUUAUACCAUACUUUUACACAAUUCCUCCUGAUCUCUCUCUCUUCCAAACCAGCUUUCUCAACAGCCUGUCAACCCCUGAAUUAUUAACACCAAAGAUUUCUUAUUUUUUUAGUCACAAACAGAGAAGCUGUGUUUUGCUUUGCUUUUAUUGUUUCUUCCUCAAACUAAACCAAACAAAGACUACUUGUUGGUUUUAUUGUAAUUCAUUCAUUCAUGAGGGAAUUGAGAAUUGGGAAUUGGUAUGAAGAAGGUUGAAGAUGUUCAAUGACUCUCAUAACAAUUUACAAUCAACAAAUUCUUGCCACUUCUUCUUUCUAUAUCAGGUAUGGGAACAAGACUUGAACCCACUUUCAAUCCUUUAGCCACAUCUGCCCAUAUCAGCAGCAGCAGCAGCAGCAGCAGCAAUAACAACACAUUAUUCACAAUUCAAAGACUGAAUGCUUGGCAACACCAUUUCCAAGACUCAACAACAGCAACGAGAUUUCCCCUUAAAUUGAUCUAUAAUAAUACAUCUUCUCCCAUGACAACUACUGGUUCACUUGACAAGUUUCAAGAAGCAAUUAACAAGAUGUUGCAAAAAGGAGAUGUCGACGCCAUUCGAAAGACAAUGCAGGACCAUGAAGAUGCUUUCAAGAACCAAGUAAAGGAGCUUCAUAGGCUAUACAGUGUUCAAAAGAUGUUAAUGGAAGAACUGAGAAAAGAAAGCAAACAAAAUGCAUUAUGGUGUCCAAAGGCAAUGAACCAUUUGCUAUUUAACAACAGGGAAAAUCAAAAUCAAACAGCACAAACAACUGGAGGAGGCUUAAUUUUCAAUCUUCAAAGCUUGAGAUCAGACGAUCCAAGCAGUAGGGAGAGAAGUGGGAGCUGUUCAGGAGACAAUAUGAGAAUAAUAUCAAGAGGGUUUGAUCUUGAAAGACCAGCAGCAGAGGAAGACAUGUCGACUGGAGUUAGCACGGUGGACGAAGACCAAGCCGGACCAAGUACGCCGAUUGUCGUCGGAAAAAUGAGUAUAGAUGGGUGUGAAGAUGAAGAAAGUGAUGUUGAACUUACUUUAAGUAUUGGUGGUAGUCUAAGCAAGAAGCGAUCAAAAUCAUUUCCACCACUUACACAAAAGAAGAGAGAGAUUGAUUCAUCAUUGUCAUUCAAAUCAGAAAGAGGAGAUCAGGAAUGCAGUGAUCCAACAACUCCAAUGAGCAGUUCAAGUGCAACUUGUGAUCAAGAAACUAAAAGGCCACAUUGGCUUUUUCAAAGUUUAAAGCUCAAGUAGAAGCUGUUGAUGAUGACAAGUUUUGUGCAUCAGAUUAUUUUCCAAAACUUGCACAAAAAAAGAGGAAGAUGAAGAAGAAAAAAAGAAACAGGUUCAUAUUAUAUUAUUAUUAACACAUUUUCUCCAAUUGAGAUUCUAAUUUAUUAGUUUGCACCUUCACUCUAAUAAAAUUGAUGUUUGAGAACAAAAGAGCCCAUUUUCAGGAGCAUAAAAUUGUUCUUUUUUUGUACACUUUCAUCUAUAAUCAAUAUAAAACUGCUCAAAGUUUUCCCAACAAAAGAUAAAAACUGAAAGCAGAGAAUAUAUAAACAAUGUAUAUUAUGUUUGA